AUGGUCAAACUCUGUACCUACCUGUUCACAUGUGGAUAUACUAAUUUAGAAAAUGGGGUUAUCUCUCCUUCUGGUCAACAUUAUAAAGAUGACAGGUUAACGUUAGUAUGUAACCAAGGUUACCAGAUAUCAGGCAGCACGCCGGCGUUUCUUUGUGGAGAAAGCCCACCAACCUGUAUCAAUAUAGAUGAAUGUCGAUCAGGAACAGCUAACUGUGUAUCAUCAACUUGUACUGAUACUAUUGGUAGUUUUACUUGUACCUGUAAUCCUGGUUAUACUCUCUCGUCAUUCAGUCGUACUUCAUGUAAUGAUAUCAAUGAAUGUUCAGUGAAUAAUGGUGGAUGUGACCAAAUCUGCUCUAAUACCCAGGGUUCUUAUACAUGUAGUUGCUAUAGUAACUACGUUCUGUUUACUACCAAUGGACAAAAUGGCGUCAAUAUUCCUUCUGGAGAAACGGGACUGGAAUCUUGGAAUGUUUAUCAUUAUGGUCAUACAUGUCUAGCCAUACAAUGUCCUUCACUUCCACAGUAUAUUGUUAAUGGCCGUUCUGUCGCCAAUAAAACCAGAUUUAAUGUCGGUGAUACCGUUACAUACGUUUGUAAUGUUGGAUACGUCACACAAGGGGCGGCAAUUCUAACUUGUGGUAGUACCGGAAGCUGGAACGGACAACCACCAACUUGUUCAGCGGUAACCUGUUCACCACCUGGGAUACCACCUACAUCUAAUGGUCUGACCAUUUCACCACAAUCAUCUAUAAACUAUAACGACUAUUUUACUUUGACCUGUACUCUACCCAAUAAUCAGAUACGUACUGAACGGCGAGCCUGUGUUUACAACCAGGCCACUCGAGACUACGAAGUUCUUUCGGGAAGUCUUGAAUGUCCAGUGAUAGACUGUGGUGUACCAACCCGCUUUUCUGGAACUUUACCAUAUUACUACACUUGUACCACUUACGGUUGUUCGUUCAUCUUCAACUGUCGUACUCCGUGGUUUCAGCUAGCAGGAAGUAGUUCUGCUAAUUCCGGUACGACAGUGAGAUGUGGAGUCGACGGACAUUGGGAUUACGGAAAUCUGAGAUGCCCAGGACCAACAUGUUCCGACCCAGGUACUCCACCUGGUGGUCUGCAAGUGUCUUCAUCCUAUGAAGAAUACAGUCUUGUUAGUUAUACAUGUAGUCGUUAUGGUUACGGUCCUUCCCAAACAAAUUCAUUGAUGUGCUAUUGGGACUCGACAAGAAAUGCUCUACAGUGGAAUUCAACCAUGCCCCGGUGUAUCGAUAAAUUAGUUCCAACAUUUACCGAUUGUCCUGUUAAUGACGUCAUUGUCAGUAAAAUGUCAACGGCAGGAAUUCCUACACCUCGUGCUACUGACAACAGUAAUAUGAUUGCUAGUUUGGAGAUAACGCCACCUACAUUCUCUGUUGAUCAUGUUGUCAAGGCCGACCAGUAUGUGACAUAUAGAGCUACGGAUCACGCUGGUAACCAAGCAACCUGCUCUUUUGACAUCAGAAUCAAGGCUGUAGAUCAAUUUGAUUGA